ACCCGGUAUAACCUGUCUGAACUUAAAUCCACAGGGAUGACAGGAUGAGUGUCGUUGAGUUCGGAGGGCUGUGUCGAGCCCUCUUCAGAAACGACGUCGGCAAGCCCUACCAUCUGGACGCCAGAAAGCUGGCCGAAAUGUUCAGCGUCUUCGACAAAAAUGAGGACGGUUAUCUCGACCGGGAGGAGUUCAAGAUGUGCUGGAGCAAAUGGAUCAAAACGAUUGUUCGGCCGGUGUCCGCGUUUUUGAUCGUGGAUGUACAAAACGACUUCAUCAAUGGCUCCCUGGCCAUCUGCAACUUCCAGGCACAGCAGAAGGGUGAAGAGGUUGUGCCCGUGAUUAACGAAGCACUGGACACGAUCAAGUUCGACGUGGUGGUCUACUCCAUGGACUGGCAUCCGAACGACCACCUCUCGUUCGUCACAAACGUGCUGAAGUACCCGCUGCACCCGACAUCACCGGUAAAAGCAGAAGAGGCAAAAACAUGUGAUAAGGUCGUGUAUGACGGCGACCCGAUCAAGGAGCAGAUUUUGUGGCCUCCUCACUGCAUCCAGGAUUCGUGGGGCGCAGAACUGCACCCCGAUCUCAAGAUCGUCGACGGUGCUCUGUGGAUCAAGAAGGGUCACAACCCCGAGAUCGACUCCUACUCUGCCUUCUUCGAUAACGCCAAGAUUUCCGACACGGGUCUGAGCCGACAGCUGCGCCAGCGAGGCGUCACCGACGUCUUUGUCUGCGGCAUCGCGACAGACGUCUGCGUCGGUGCGACUGCUACACACGCUCUGGACGAGGGCUUCCGAACCAUCCUCGUUGAUGAUGCCUGCAGAGGAGUGUGUACAGAUGAGAUCGAGAAGCUCAAACAGAACAUCAUGAAAGCGAACGGCGUCGUAAUCAACUCCACCGAGGUGAAGUCGAUGGUUCAGGGCCGUGAUCGUCGUCCGGAGCUGGGCUACAAGCUCGCCAUGAGACUCCAGGAGACCAGCCAGUGACAGGCGGCGAUACCAGUCGCCGGCGCUCAGCGAUAGGUGGCGCUGCCUGCCGGCCGGCCGCGACCCUAGGUGACGCUGCAGUCUUUCUAGGAGGCCGGCAGGCAGCAUUGCUGCAUCGUCCACACAGAGUAGUUGUGAUAUAUCAUUAUCCUGGCUGGCUUCAGGACAAGUGUCAAGUGGAUCGACACCUUUCGGUGUCGUCCAUUGUGAAGCCGUGUAUUACCUGAAUCUGAUGCACAUGUCUUAUAUCUCACCCACGAAUUCCUAAUACAACUCGAACACGA